UUCAACUUGCAGGGACCAUUGAUUCACCGAAGUUCCUUUCCCGAACUAGAGAGUUGAGAGUGGGGAAGGAAACACAGGGCUAGGCAGCGAAUACAUCCAAUAGCCCCAAUAUCCCUUCGCCGCCGCAGCUUCCGUCACUACAUCCGCCGCCGCUGCUUCCCAAUUGAUUGCAACAUUGCUUUCAACCUCCUACUCCAAGAGAAUGGGAAGAGUAGCACUUGCCGCAAUUGUGAGUUCAUGGGUUAUUCUUGUCACCGUACUCGUUAAUCGUGUAGUUCCUGAUCCCUAUAUGGAUGAGAUAUUUCAUAUACCACAGGCUCAACAGUACUGCAAGGGAAAUUUUAGGAGUUGGGAUCCCAUGAUAACCACUCCUCCGGGCUUGUACUAUCUUUCACUUGCCCAGGUUGCUUCUUUGUUCGGGUUUUAUUCUAUUAAAGACACAUCAUCUUUUUCUGAUUUGUGCUCUUCUGCAAUUCUUCGAUCAGUUAAUGGUGUCUUAGCUGUCAUAUGCUGCAUAAUAUUAUAUGAUGUAAUCACUCACUUGAAACCCACCCUUGAUGAUAGAAAGAAAAUGCUUCAGGCAGUGGUCCUAUCCCUGUACCCACUUCACUGGUUCUUCACUUUUCUCUAUUAUACAGAUGUUGCAUCUCUCACUGCAGUGAUGGCUAUGUAUCUUGCAAGUUUGAAGAGGAAUUACUGGUUUAGUGCAUUGAUUGGAGCCUUUUCAGUUGUUAUUCGACAAACAAACAUUAUAUGGGUACUUUUUGUAGCAUGCACUGGGAUCCUAGAUUAUUCUCUGAGUCAUAGAAAGGGUAUUGUGGGGAAGGCCAAAUCAGAUGUAUGUAUUAAUAAUCCUAGUUCAGAAAAUUCUACAGGCAAGAGUAAUGUGGGAUUAUAUGUGAAAAAGCGAAAGUCUGUUAAAUCUGUGGAUACUGUUGAAAGCUCUCUGCCUAGGACACCCGUGCCUACUUUCGCUUCUUCAGGUUUGGUUAAUGAAGUUCAGACAAUCCUCUUAAUGUUAUGGCAUAAGAAGUGGGAGAUUUUAGUAUUGUUUAGUCCCUAUCUUCUGGUGUUUGUAGCCUUUAUUUUAUUCGUACGUUGGAAUGGGGGUGUCGUUCUGGGUGCAAAAGAAGCUCACACCGUUACCCCUCAUUUUGCUCAGAUACUUUAUUUUGGUUUGGUUUCUAUAUUGGCUCUGGCUCCAAUGUAUUUUUCCAUUGCUCAUUCUCUGGAUCUAUUGCAUUUGUUACGGAGAAUUGGACCCCUCUGUUGUUUCUUUCAGGGAUUUGUGGCCCUUAUUGCUGGCUUCCUAUCGGUACACUUUUUCAGUGUGGCGCAUCCAUAUCUUCUUGCUGAUAAUCGGCAUUACCCUUUCUAUCUCUGGAGGAAAAUCAUCAUGGCUCACUGGUCAAUUAAAUAUUUAUUGGUUCCAAUUUACUUAUGUUCAUGGCUUUCCAUAAUUCAUAUGCUGGGGAGAUUUCAAAGGAAAAUAUGGGUAUUAGCAUACUUCUUGGCCACUGCUGCUGUUCUUGUACCAGCUCCAUUGAUAGAGUUUAGAUAUUACACCAUACCAUUCUAUUUUCUGGUGCUUCACAGCAAUUUUCAGGAUAGUGGGAAAUGGUUUCUCACAGGAAUUCUUUACAUUGGUAUCAAUAUCUUUACUAUGAUGAUGUUUCUGUUUCGGCCAUUUCAUUGGGAUCAUGAACCUGGAAUUCAAAGGUUUAUAUGGUGAAGCAAGCGGCGUUUUUCAAAUGAGUCAUGUAUACGUAUUUCUCUUUUGGCAUGUAUCUUGCCUUUGAUUUCAAUAGAAAGGAAAACAUACUGAUUUUCUUUGAUAGGUUUUACCAAUCAGCUUUCUUUAUACAUCAUUGUAAAUACGAGUGUAUUGAUUUCUGUAGAUCUCAUAUUUUGGUAGAUAGGAAAACAAAAUUAGAUUCAGUUGAAUUGGUCA